GAACUCUAAUUUUGGGACUGUCUAUGGAGGAGGUGCUGCGUCGUUAUUUGUGAAAUUACAAUAUGCAAGAGAUCUUUCGAAGUUGGUAGUAAGCAUGCCGUCAGUUGAAGAGCCGAGAAUAUUACUCACGAAAAGUACUGUCUUGACGAAUCCAGCGCUCAGUCGCCACCGAUCAGAGGGCAUUUGGUUGGGAGUUGAGGAAGUUGGGCACCUGUUCGUUCAAGCAUCUUUUAAGUUAUCUCGUCUGCAACCGGUGCUAAGUUCAUCUUCCUAUACGUCAGGGCUACAUCGACGGUCGUGGCACACAUUCGACAACUUGAAGGUGCUACACUCCCUCCCCGCUCUCACGUUUGUAGGACAUGGAACAGCACCUAUAUCAUAUCCAGGACGUAUCAUGGGUCUUAUCACCCCUCUCAAACACAAAUCCCCAUCAGACAUCUACAUUCUACUCAAAUUCGCGGAUACUCGCAUCGCGUCAAGUUCUAGGGAUAAGACUGUGCGGCUGUGGAAUGUAGGGACGGGAAAACUAUUGGGUGAGCCCUUGGAAGGGCACACUGGAGCGGUUUUCUUAGUCUCAAUUUCACCGGAUGGUACUCGCAUCGCGUCUGGUUCGGAGGAUAAAACUGUGCGGCUGUGGGAUGUAGGGACGGGACAGCUAUUAGGUGAGCCCUUGGAGGGGCACACUGGAGCAGUCAUAUCAGUCGCGUUCUCACCAGAUGGUACUCGCAUCGCGUCUAGUUCAUCCGAUAACACUGCGACUGUGGGAUGCGGUGAUAGGGCAGCCAUUGGGUGAGCCCUUGGAGAGGCACACUGGAGCAGUGAUAUCAGUUUCAUUCUCACCGGAUAGUACUCGCAUCGCGUCUGGUUCAGAGGAUAAGACUGUGCGGCUGUGGGAUACAGCGACGAGACAGCCAUUGGGUGAGCCCUUGGAGGGGCACACCGGAGCAGUUGUGUCAGUCUCGUUCUCACCGGAUGGUACUCGCAUCACGUCUGGUUCGGAGGAGAAGACUGUGCGGCUGUGGAAUGCAGUGAAUGUGAAGCCAUGCUCCGAGCCCAUAGAACCAGAAUCCUCCGCAUUUUCGCUGCAUCGAAGCGCCACACGUACCACCCAAGAAAGCCGUAUCAUGCAAACCAACACUUGGAACAAUCGCUUCAUCUCCUCAUCCAGCCUGGAACACGCCUUGCCCAACCCCUCUGACCUGCUUGAACCUGCCUCUCACCAUGAUUCUAAUUCAACCCCUUUCUUGCUGCAGGGUGAUGGAUGGGACCCCA